UUGUCUGAUUAGGUGCCUUCUUUUGGGAAGAACAAGCUCCUUCUGGCUUCUACAGCUUCGAAGCUUGACAAGCCAAGACACGCCGCGGAAGCCAAGCUUAACGGGGAUGUCUCAGUCGUAAUGUGCAGAUGGACCGGAGGAUAGCGGACAGGGGGCAACGUCACCUCAUCUCUGUCAGUGCAUGAUACGAACACGGGACGACGCUUGAGGAUGUCUACGGAAGUCCGAGAAUUUUUGUUAUCACGCCCAGUCACCUGUCCAGACCAGAUGACCCAUCUAGAUACUCAACCAGGCUACCAGCAGUCAACGCGACCGUUUCUAAAUAGGGAUGGCGAGAAUCGUGUGCGCGAUGGGUUGCCUCGAUAUCGCCGAAGACCGACGCCGGUCCCACUGUGGGCCAUACUCUCUGGACGGCGUUCCUGGCGCCUUGCCCAAACCGCCCAGGUUCGAAUUUUCUUUUUGUUUUUCCGCAGCGUUUCCAGCUGCUCCAUACGUGAAUAUAAACUGCAACGUGCGGAGCUGCCUGGAGCCAUUAAUAAUCGAAACAAAGCCAGUCUCAGCAAAAGAAGAAAAAAAUUCUGCCGGGAGGGAGUGGAAGGGCAUCUGGCAAUGGUGAUGCAGAAACUCCCGUCCUCUUUUCCCCUCUUGUUCUUCACCCUGGACGAACGGCCCUAACUGUCGAGCACGUCCAGCCUUCCUCCCAUCCGCAGCACCCUCUAUCUAGCACACUCAGAUGAUCGAAUUUGGUAUUUUCCCGACUAUCA